AUGCUGGAAACACCGACUAUAUCCAACUCUAAACAUAGUUACAAUGUUAUAUUUAGUGAUAUUUGUAAGACACGUUUCAAUCAUAUGGUGACCCGCCUUUUCUUAACGACUUCUGUGUUGCAGUCCGUCAUAAUUACUCUAUUGUCAAAGGGAAACUCAUCUGCAUUAGAGUUGCUUCUUAUGUUUCUACCAAAAGUUCUGUUGGUCUAUUCUGUGUCCAUCUUUAUGAUAAUUACAAGAAAGAAUUAUUUGCAUAUAGACUCUUUGGGCUAUACCAGUCUUUUCACUCAAAUUAUUGGACAGAUACUAUCAGUAAGAUUUUUUGUCUAUGAAACAUUAUAUUCAUUUUGCAGUUUUUUGGUAGCAUUUGUUGUCAGUGACUGUUUUGGCAUGUCUGCAAUUAGCCAAGAAUAUGCAGAAUUUUACAGGAUUUAUGUUUGGAUAGCUAUACCAACGAUCUAUACUCUACAACAUGUAAUCUUUGAUUUAGACAAGUUAUUUUUCAGUCUAGAUUCUCAGUACCAGCCACCACAAACUUACAUUGCCACAAAUCUCUCGAAAGGUGUAAUGAAAUGUCUGAUUCUAUCUUUACUAUUGAUAUUUAUUUCUCCAUUCAUUUUCGGAUUUUUGACUACAACUUGGUUUAUUGGUAUUUUCCCACUGUUGAAACUAUCAAUGCUAGCGUUCUGUAUAUUUAUCAAUUUCGAAUUUAUCAAUGUUGCCUUCACAGCGCACAUGUCAAUUGGAUGUUUACAUAAGGGGAAACCAAUCUCAGCUUUAUCUUCAACGCCCAUCGAAACUUUAAUCACAGGUCUAAGUUCCAAGAAGCCAUUCACCAAAUUAACUGCGUUCCAGGAAUUAUCUUAUAGGGCCACUUCUUCUGAUCCAUCUCUAAGAUUGCUGAUUUACAACAAUCCAUAUAGAAACGUCAAUAUAUGGAAGAGUAUCUUAAGGGAAUGUUUGAGCGUUAUUCAAGAGUCUAAUGAUGCAGUCAACAAUUAUUUAAGAACUUUACAGAAAAGUAUGGAAACUACCUCUUCUUUGGAGAAGGCUAAAAAGGUUAAUUACAACCCAGCUGCUGACAAUGAAGGAUUAUUUGGAAACGAACCUAUCACUAUAUCAACUAACAAUGUAACACAUAUUCCUGGUUCGGCACCUCAAUCCAACUAUGACACUUCUUCUGGAAGCGUUUCUCAUAAGAUUUCAUUGCGUGAAGAGAACGUUUUAUUGAAAAGAAACCGUUUCAAGCAUGAUAAUACUCCAGGAUUGACGGAUCACUAUCAUACGUAUAAUGAAUCUUUGAUAACGCACGAUACAAAGCUUUUUGCUUUCGUUAGGGAGCUUUUCAAUAAACUCAAAAAUUCAAUAACCUCAUUCUUUUUCCCAUCGACAGUCGAUGCAAAGGACCAAAUAAGUUCUCUAUCAAUUUUUGAGGCAUGGUACCUUUCAAAGAGUAGGCAAGCUGAAAGAUUAGUUCCAUUGUCUAUAAUACAUGCUGAAAGUAUUGUGUCAUUAAUGGGCUUCCUAAUAAAUGCUAUUGAUGAAUCUCCAAAGGGGAGCGUCGUCGCAUCAGUUGGAGAAGUACUAAAGUACCUAGAACGUUCUGUUGCAAUUUUGGGAAAAUUCAAUGAAUGGAACCCUGAUGGAAAAUCCACCGCUAACUCAUUGAAUGUUAUUUCCAUUCUAUACGAAUCCUCAAUUAGUGCUUUUUUGGAAAUUGUACUAAAAUAUAAUGUGUUAUUAAACGAGGUCUACCUCGAUGAAGAUGUCAUUAAGUUAAGCAAGUGGGUAUUAGAUAUGUGCUCGAAUGAAGACCCUGUAAACUAG